CUUAGCCACACUAAUAACAAACUGGUCUGUUUUUUGUUUACGUUUGAAAAGAAAGUAUAAGUUGUAGAAAAUAUAUUUUUUAUUUGAACACAAUGGCCAACGGCGACUGGAUGCCUUUGAUAUUUUGUGGCCUCUCAGUGCCCAUCUCCAUAUUCAUGUGGCUGGGCAACGUGGCAUUCUCUAAAUUUUGGAGCUACGAUUAUGAAGAGCCGUUGGUCAUAUCACCGACUCGUUGGUUGUUUUCCACAUUGGCGCCACUGGCACUGAUGACAAUUGCGCUGCGUCGCCGCUCCGUGAGCAAAUCUGGUGCCGCACUAGGAGUGGUCGUCGCCUUCACGCUGUCCAUAGCAAGUCACCCGUUCUUCGCUAGUCUGGUGGUGUUCUUCUUUAGCUCGUCGCGUGCGACCAAGUUUCGGGCGCAGCUAAAACGUCGAUUCGAGAACGACUUCAAGGAUGGCGAAGGACAACGGAAUUGGGUGCAGGUCCUAUGCAACGGUGGCAUGGCCACGCAGCUGGCAUUGCUCUAUUUGAUUGACUGUGGCAGCGGGGAGCGUGCCAUUGAUUUCGCCAGGGAGUACCGAUCGAGCUGGCUAAGCAUUGCUGUGAUGAGCUCCUUUGCCUGCUGCAACGGAGACACCUGGAGCAGCGAACUGGGCAGUGUGCUCUCCACACGCGACCCCAUCUCGAUUAUCAGCUGGCGUCGUGUGCCACGUGGCACUAAUGGAGGUAUUUCGCUUGUAGGCGUCGUGGUCAGCCUGUUGGGCGGCUUGCUCGUUGGCUUUGCUUACUAUGUCACUGUGCGCUAUACAGUUGAGGCCAAGAUGUUGCUUGUUAGUCCGCCACAGUGGCCCAUCAUCUUGUUUGGUGGCAUAGCGGGUCUCUGUGGCUCGCUGCUGGACUCUGUGCUGGGCGGAUUACUGCAAUUCUCUGGCAUAAACGAGAAGGGUAAGAUAGUGGAUACACCUGGCAAAGGAGUGCGUCAUGUGAGCGGGCUACGCAUACUCGAUAAUCACAGCGUUAAUCUCAUCUCGACAAUUGUCAUUGGAGUUACGAUGCCUCUGUUAGCUCUCAAAUUUUGGCCCGUGCGCUAGACUCCGUGGUGCUCUCACUCAAAACUGAUUCCUAUUUUCAUAUUGCUAACAAGCUAUAAGCAAUUCAGCUGACUUUUGUAUGUAAGGCAAACGAUAGACUCGACUCGACACAACGACUGGGGCAACUGCGACGAGUAUACUCAAGAGAACUGACAUUCAUAUAAUAACUAAAGUUUUCCAUAAUUUUCAUGUUUGUAAGAGCUAAGGCUAGAAAUACAGUCGGCCUUAGGUUCAUCGAAUCAUCGAACAUAUCAGAUAUCAGACAGCAUAAAGUAAUUGUUAUAUUAAUAUGUAAAAAUAAUAACUUCAGGUGUAUCAAGGAUACGUACCAUUUCGAAACAUACCUGACUCAAAGUUAACAAAGCUAAAAUCUAAUUCUAAAUUCUAGUUGAACAUUUUAUAGACUAUUUUGUUCUUCAGAUUGAAAUGUUUUGGAUUUUGGGUUUCGUAGUUCAACUACUUUAAAGACUUGUAUCUUCCUUUGUGCUAAUAAUGUGCUCUGUGAAACAUCCCACUGACCUUGUUAAACUUCUUAAGAACAUUUCGAAUACACCUUCAA